GCAACUCCAAAUCCGUCGUCGUCCCCCCGCUCGUCGUUUGUUCUCUCUCGCCGCAUCGCGCCAUGACGGCUCACCCCGUGCGGACAUUGACGUUAUGGUUCUGCCUGUGGAAGUUCCUGUUGCUUGCGGUCAUGCUGGCCAGCCCCGGCCCAGGAUAUGAUACGUCCACAACAAUUCUAUCACCCACUCCCUCUGCGUCCCAAUCCGCCAGUUUCUUGAAAUUGGCGAGAUGGGAUUCGAUAUAUUUUUUGAAUGUCGCCCAGCGAGGGUAUCUCUAUGAACAGGAGUGGGCUUGGGGCUACGGCUAUACAAAGUUGUUGUCAGCCUUGUCAGCUGGAACGCCACGUGAAGUCUUACAUCUGGCUUUAGUAGGCAUUGGGCUCUCGCACAUAUGCCACUACUUAUCCGUAUUGCUGCUCUAUGGCUUGAGCAAAGCUAUUUUUGGCGAGAGACACAAAUAUGGCAAUUCUUUGCCUUUCCUCUCGGCGGCUUUGCACAUUGUCUGCCCGGCAGGCGCCUUUCUGUCCGCACCCUAUAGCGAAGCUCUUUUCUCAUUCCUCAAUUUCCUAGGCUUCUACGUUUAUGUGCAGGCCCUGAAGGAUGACCGAAGCGGCUCUCUCCUGGUGAGAGACCUCAAGUUCGUUGCUGCUGGGUGUGUCUUCGCACUCGCUACGACCGUACGAAGCAAUGGCAUCCUGAGCGGGAUGCUUUUUGCGUACGAUGCAACCCUGGCAUUAGUCGAAAUCAUACAGGCUCGGAGCGUCAAAUUAGCUGGGCUGCGCCGGCUUACGUUCGUUGUACUCGGAGGUGCUAUGGUCCUGGUUGGGGCCGUUGGACCUCAGUACCUUGCGUACUCGCUUUAUUGUCAGCCGUCGGCGUCACCGCGAGAGUGGUGCGUCAGAUUGUUCCCGAGUAUAUACACUUGGGUUCAAAGCUAUUACUGGAACGUUGGCUUUCUAAGAUAUUGGACUAUCUCGAAUAUACCACUCUUCCUGAUCGCAGGUCCGAUGCUUUUUAUCUUAUUCUACUCCUCUGGUUGGGCUGUGAGCUCACGAAGCCAAUCGAUUGCAACGGACGUCAACGAUGAACAACCCAAGGUCAAUUCUGAAAAUGGGCUUACUCAAGCCUGCCUCGCUCGGCUUGCUCUGCCUCAGGCAACUCUUGCACUGCUAGCGUUGACGAGCUACCAUGUCCAAAUAAUCAACCGUAUCGCGUCUGGCUAUCCCUUAUGGUAUUGGUGGUUGGCGUCGUCUCUUCUCCGAGAGGGAAAGCCGGGGUUCCGGGGGUCUCGGUUUACAAAGCCGGGACAUGUAUUAUGUGGGAUGGUGCUGUACGGGGUUAUUCAAGCCUCGCUGUUUGCUUCUUUCUUGCCACCAGCGUGA